CCAUGAGACUCCGGUGUUUACGAACAUUUCGCUAAUCGUCGCUGCCUUGAACAGUAGCCUAAGCACGGCGGCACACGAGCACCGCUUGAGACAGAACUGCUAAAGCUCACACGGGGAUUCAUAGCUACGUACCUACGUGUCACGCAUAGCCUAUCGCUCUCUACGCGCAUCCUUAUUUUAAUGCCCGGAACGGCAUCGCAUGUAGAAGAGCCACUGGCGUUUUAUUAGUCGCUAUUGUUAGAAAAACGCGCAGAAGAAGAAGAAGAAGAAGCGGAGCUUGUACAGUCGCGGAGACCCGCUGGAGUGGGAGUGAAGCAGACUGAGGAGCGCGGGAAUGGCACAGAAACGCUCCGAGGAAAAAGAGCGAACGAUGCGCCCUUUCUCUUCCGUAUAAUCCACCGCGCGGAGGACGGAUCCCGACGCGCAUUAUGUAAUGCACAUGCAAGCGGCGGAGAGAAUAAAGAAAGAGAGAGAGAGUGUAAACGAGCAGGGGAUCGUGAUGCUCCUUGUUAUUGCUCACUAGCCGAUGGUACACCCUUCACUACAAAGGCCCAUGUGAUGGGGUUGUGGUGCUGAGUGAGAGGCAGACUUUGACCAACAUGGGAAGUGUUGGUAGUGGGGUGGCUGGCGAGCAAGAAUUCGCCAUGAAGAGUGUGGGCACACGUACCACCCUCCCUCGUGGACCACCCCUAUAUCGUAGAGGCCCAUCAGAUCGCAGCUUCAGCGCUGAGCGCCUCAACCCUCCACCUUCUAUGUCUGAAUGCACAGUCUCCAGCGAUGAAAGGGGAGGUAGCAGCAUAACCACAGACCGGCCCCAGCUUGCUGGCUGUGAGUCCACCACUGCCUCCUCCAACCUGGAGAGGGUGCCUUCCAUCUGCGAACGCCUGGAGAACAAUGUUGCCAUCCGCAGAGUGGCACCGCGGCCGAUAGGGGACACGAGUGUAGAUGCCCGCAGGAAUGUGGUUGUCCACACUGGAGAGAAGAGUGGUGACAGCAUGGUUGCUGUGAAAAUCCGAGAGGGGAACGCUACAAAGGCAAAUGGACGAACGCCACCCAAGGUUCUACCCAUGUCUGGAAAGUCAGAACAGUCUCAGAACAAUUCUGGAUUGGUGCGGCCCUCUGCCUUCAAACCUGUAGUGCCAAAGAGCUUUCACUCCAUGCAGAAUCUAGUGGCACAUGCUGGAGGUGGAGGUGGAGCUGGAGGUCACUGUGCUGGAGGAACAGGAGGAUCUGAUGAUCCCCAGCCACUUAGUGAACGAGACAGUCCGGAGAGGGAACAGGGCAGAGAGGAUGGGGGCCAAGGUGUCAUGACUGACUCGGGAAGGAACUCUUUCACCAGCCUGCCCACGUACACAGUCCCUGGUUGCAGCUAUGCUCCUGCUCCUGCCCUUGGACCCUUCAGUGCCUCGACCAGCCAUAUUAACAGAUUGGGCACAGAUAAACUGGACAAGCCCAACUACCAGAACGGCCUGAGUGCUUCAGACAGUGGCCGCUCAUCCUCUGGGAAGAGCUCUUCAUCCUAUCACAGACUUUGUCACCUGGCUGAUAUGCCAGCUGCCAUUCAUCCGUCACCCUCCUCGGAUGAUAUAAUACAAGACUUGGAGGACCGACUGUGGGAGAAAGAACAAGAGGUUCUUCACAUGCGCCGCAACUUGGACCAGAGUGAAGCAGCCAUCAUGCAGGUGUUUGAAGAGAAACAGCGGGUAUGGGAGAGAGAGAUGGAGGAACUGAGACAGAACUAUGCCGGAAGGUUACAGCAGGUGACCCGGCGGGCACAACGUUCCCAGCAAGCACUGCAGGCCCAGAUCAGCCGACUACAGCAGGACAAGAACCGACUCCAGGAGGAGAUCAGUGCUCUGCUGGCUCAGCGUGAAGAGCUAGAGAGAAAGUGCCUGGAUUAUCGUAAGGAGCAGGCUGAAAUCUUACCCCGCCUGGAGGAAACCAAGUGGGAGGUUUGUCAGAAGGUAGGAGAGAUAUCCUUGUUGAAGCAGCAGCUGAGGGACAGUCAGCAUGAGGUGACGCAGCGGGCAGGAGAAAUGGUAGCAUUGAGGGGUCAACUUAAAGAGCUCAACGCACAACUGAAGGAGAGAGAGGAUGCCAUGCUUGGCCUGAAAGAUUCCUACAGCAGUAAAAGCCGCGAGCUGGAGAGAUGUGAAGGAGAACUGAAAAAGACUUUGACAGAGGUAUCCAUCCUACGUGACAAGCUGGUGGUAUUUGAGGCUGAGGUCCUGGGGCUAAAACGAGCUCUGGGUGAGUUGACCUACACUGGUGAACGUGCAACAGGGCUUACCAGCAGCCUGCCUUGGGGUGGUCUGCACUCACCACGCACCCCUGAAGUUUUGACACCACUUUCCCCACUUAGCCCUAUGGUAGAUGCCCUGCUAAGUCUGCAGAGCGAUGAGGCCAAGGCGCAGCGUCAGGAAGCUGGAGAGUUGCGACAACAGCUAGAGCGACUGCAAGGUGAGCUGCGGUUGGAACGGCAGCAACGUGAGCUCCAAGCACUUGCUUUUGCCCAAGAGCGUCAUACCUGGCGGAACGAGAAAGAGCGUGUGCUUAAGUACCAAGCGCAGCUGCAGCUCAGCUACGUAGAGACACUGCAAAGAAACCAAGCUUUAGAAGAGCGUGUUGGCCAGCUUGGGUCCAAGCUGGGUGGAACAUCCAGUUCACCUCCACCAGCAAGUGUACCCAUUUCUGUACCAGUUACUGUUACCCUCACUCCAGCGCCAGAUGACUCCAAAACCCCAUCCCCCAACCAGCUGGCUCCCCCAUGGGCAGGACCCUCUCGCCUGGAGAGGAUUGAGUCCACUGAGAUUUAGAUCUGCCACUGUAUGAUGACGUAAUACAGAGACAAUCGACUUCUGCUCAACAUGCAUUAUUGAAAGUGGUUUGUUUAAAUAUUCGUCAGAAAGUAAAGUCUCAGAUAGUCAGUAAGUGAGGGGCUCCACAUAAAAAAUGAUGCAGUAAUAAAUCAGUGUGCUGGAAUGAUGAAAGACCCACUAAGACAAAGAGACAAAGGCUCAUGUUAUUACUCACACGCGCACACACACGCAGAUACACAAUAAACAUGUGCACUGACAUCUACAGUCUGGUCCAUAAGUAUUUGGACAAGGACGCACUUUUCAUUAUUGUGCCUCUAUACACUAGCACAGUAAAAUCAAGCAAUCAAUAUCCUAUAGAAUUGUAGACUUUCAGCUUUAAUUUACCAUUUAUGAAUUACAGCUAUUGUUUUACAAAUUCCCCCUAUUUUCACAGGCUCAGAAGUAAUUGGACAACUGACUGAUAAGCAGUUUGAUGGGCAGGAUCAUUUCUUUGUUACUUCAUGACAAAUUAAAUAGGUGCUUGUUGGUAAAGGAUGCAAUCACGAUAAUAAAAAAGAGAGACAUUAAGAGAGGUUAAAUUAAAAAUUUGGUACAUUUUUAUAAAGCAUUACACAUGUGAGCUUAGCAACACCAAAAGGCCUGGAAGGUCAUGGAUGAGUGACCCACUAAAGUGGAUUCAAAAAGCAUUUUGAAGGCGAGAAGUGUAUCAUUGUCAGAGUCUACAAUCAUCUUGUUGAACAUAAAUACAGAGGUUUUACUUCAAAAUAUAAACCACUGACACUCAAAAGCAUAAAGUUCAGAUUAGACUUUCCUAUAAGACCUGUGAAUCAAAUCUGAACCAAAGUUAACUUGCACAGGAAUGAUUGAAAUUGAAGAAUGUGAACAACAAAUAGAUAAAACAGUGCAUCCGAAAAGUAUUCAGAGCGUUUUAAUAGAAUAAGGCUUAGAAUAUUGACAUAAAAAAAAUGUGGAAAAAGUGAUGCGCUGUGAAUACUUUCCGGAUGCACUGUAAGUAGCAGGUUGGAUGUCUUUAUAGACCUUUACUUUCUGCAAUUCAGUUAAAUUCUACAAAACCUAUCUUAGCACUUCACAUUAAAACAAUUGUCAGAAGAAAGAAAGUCAAAGCAGAAAUACCCACAAAAAGCAGUCACUGAAGGGAGCUGCAGUAAAGGCCUUGCAAAGCAGCUCAAGGGAGGAACUUAGCAUUUGGUGAUGCCCCUGUUUCAUCUCCCAACUUCAGGUAGUCCUUAACUGCAAUAUUUUUGCAAUAUUAAAAUUAAUCCUCAAUAAUAAUCCUAAUAAUGAUUAUUAUGUUAGUUUGUUGAAUUACUUUUAAGUCAGGGAACAUAGUGGGGCUUUGUAAAAAAAGAAAACGCUAAAUGGUUAAUGCUGAGAGUCUACACUUCAAUAACAUUUCAACCCCUUCAUUUUAAAUACCUUCUAGUGAUGUAGAGAGGAAACAAUAGGACAGAUGUGUGCUUGUCCAAAUACAUACAGACUUGACUGUAACCAUAUAAUUGAAGGUACUGGGGGUACCAUUAUAUAAAGAAAUAAUUGAGAAUUUGGAAAAUGUUUUAAGUGUUGUUAUGGAAUUCAGUAUUAAAAGAGUGAACAUUGUUUUAGAUAUCUAGUAUUUAAUAUGAAGAAAGACAAGACGUCCUUAAGUGAUGUUUCAGGGAUACUGGAGAACCUGGUUCUUCAUCACUGCACAAAGACUGCAGUGACUAAAAAUAAUUACAAAGGAUCAUCAAAGAGUGUUGGGACGGUUCCCACUCCUAAAAAGAAGUACUUGAAAGAUGUUUUCUUUCUUUCUUUUGUUUUUUGUUUUGCUUGAUUUGAAAAAUAGAAAGUCACAAAACAAAAAUGAAAAAUGGCUUUAGUACUCGGUGACUUUAUUUGUACACUAUGAUUGAGAGAGCAUAUAUGGUCAGUUAGAAACUAAGCAGUGGAAGCAGUUAGAGAAAGAUUUGUCCAAAACAGCACAGUACUACACUCAAUAGUAUUUUAAAGAGUGUGCCACCAGUGGUCAAAACAUAUUCUAUUGCACUAAGCAGGCAAAAUCCACCACAUUUGCCAUACUAUUUAGUACAAUAUUAUGAGCUGAACCUAUCGGAAGGCUGCAAGUGGAGUAUGUUGCCUUUGUCUAAAGGAACAGAGGUGCUGCUAUGCUCUAUUGUGUGUUCUUAUAAGACAGGCUACAAAUUUGGUUGUUAAUUGUUGUAAUCUAUUAAUGUAAACAUGUUCAUACAUCAAUGCACUCUGUGUGAAUAUUUUGAAAAGAUAGUUAUUAUUUAUUCUAAUUGUGAACCAAUGAAGCAAUUCAACAUUGCUUUACUUUCUUAAAGAUUAGGCAUUUCAGCCUACUAUUUCUUUUAGGACACAAGGCAGCCGUAUCAAAACCCAAGUUCCUUUUAAUGUUGUUAUUGUUGUUGUUGUUGUUAUAAAUGUAAUUAUGGUAUUGUUUAGAGCAAAAUGAUAUGUUUUUAUACCCAUUUUUAUUGUUUGUAUUUAUGUUAGUGUAAUGGUUUGAUGAAA